AGCGCGUGCGGACCGAUCGCGUAAUUAAUUGUAGUUCUGGUGGAGGAUAGCCCCGAUUCCGAUACCAAGGUGCCGCCGCCAUGUCGAAGAACUGCAUGAUAACGUUCGACCAGAACGAACAUGGCACCUACUUUACCGGCCAGGUGAUAACCGGCAAGGUGAUCGUCAAUCUGAACAAGACCAAGAAACUGCGAGGAAUCAAAUUGCAAAUCAGCGGAUAUGCCCAGGCACAAUGGCGAGUCCGUCGUCAUGGCCGUGCGGUGGCUAUUCAAAAUCCCAAGAAACGAUCCAAGCACCAGUGCAGCGGAAGGGAGGACUAUAUAGCCUCCACCACAUACCUCAUGGGCUCCGAGCAGGGCAGUAACUUCAACAUGGAUGCGGGCACAUACACCUACACUUUUGCCUGUCCCAUUCCCAAUCAUUGCCCCUCGUCCUUUGAGGGUGCCUAUGGCCAUAUUCGUUACCUGGCCAAGGUCACCUUCCUCAAGCCGGGUGCGUCCAAUCGUACCCACAAUGUGGGCUUCACAGUCCUCAAGCUGCUGGAUUUGAACCAGGAGAGCAAGAUGCUCCGGGAGCCGGCAAGUAACGAAGCCGUUGAGUACUUUUGCCUGAUGCACACGAAACCCGUGCAGCUAAAGGUUACACUGCAGCAGCAGGGUUAUGUUCCGGGUCAGUUUAUGCUGGUUCACGCCCAGGUGCGCAACGAUUCCAACUCCGAUUGUAGCAAAUUGCUAAUUAUGCUGCACCUGCGGGCCACCUACACCGCUGACCAGCCCUCGCUGCGCACCACCUCCGAGAAGAUCAUGCUGGUGAAGAGGGAAUGCGGUCCGGUGCCACAUCAUGGUCAGAAAAACUACACAGAAACGCUGAGGAUCCCAGCCACGGCGCCCACAUGCGAGCACCUGAGCAAGGUGGUGAGGGUGUCCUAUGAGGUUCGAGUGGUUGCCGUGAUGAACUGGUUGAUGGCCAAUCCAAGGGUCAUCAUUCCCAUUACCAUUGGCAAUGUACCUUUGGCUACGGCUGUUUCGGGACCGGAUUUCCUACCCACAACUAGUACCGCCUAUGCAGCUGGAAGUCCGCUGCCUGCCGAUCUGCCCUGCACUUCCACAAGAGCCAUGGAGCUGGCCCAGAUGUCUGCCAGUGGAGUAAGUAACUCUGGUUACGAGAUGACCGAGGAUCUCGAGGACUUUGAGCUGCCAGAGGAUGGGGAUGAUGAACUGGAGGCAACUGACGACUUUGUGCCAGAUUUGCCUCCUCCCACCUACGAACAGGCCAUGUUCAUGACCACUGACAUUGCGGACACGGAUGCAAACACUGUCAGCGAGGCCUCCCAGUUCACGCCCCGUUACCCCGUCUUCGAUGUGGACACCUUCCAGAGCCCUCCCCCAAAUCCUCCUCAAAAGAAGCGUCGUCGCCGUCGUCGACGACCCGCCGAUCCCGGCCAGCAGAAGCAGCAACCGGAAAAGCAGCCCGUAGAGUCGCCCGUGCAGAUUUGAGAGAGCUUUGGGCGCUUUGGGGAAAAUCACAACUACUAUAUCUUAUCUCUCGGCAGUAUUUAUUUCUUUUUUCGGUUUGCCUGUGUACUAACCAGAAUGUUAAUAUAUCCACACACGUAUAUAUGCAUAUAUGUAUGUACCUACGCAAUGGUAAAUAAACAAACAAGAAUAUAAAACUGUCUUAUGGGUGAUAUGAGCGAUAAAUGGCGAUAAUACCGUAGACAGUCAAUGUCAACUCCUUUGAGAUAUUGUAUGACUUAUUUUUUUAUAUCAGCCAUUUUCCGUUGAUUACAAUUUGGAAAAUAAGAAAUACCGACUUAUCAGUGGCGCUUAAAAUAGCAGGUAUGACCU